UACAGAUCGUGGGCGGCGCCGAAAAUAACCCAUUUGGCCAUCGAAAUCUUGGCGAGGGGAGCGGAAGAUGGGAUUCCUUGGCACGAAAGGCAAGAUUCGCGUCAACGUGGACAAGCCGUACUACAUUUCUGGCGACGUUAUCAUGGGCAACCUGUCGGUCGAAGUCCAUGAGCCCAUCGAAUGCAACAGCGUCGUACUCGUGGUGUGUGGAAAGGAAAAAGUGCAUUGGACGGAAAGCCACACCGAGUCGUCGAACGGCGAGAGUCGCACCGUGACUCGAACGUAUGCCGACCGCCGCGAAUUCUUCAAGCAAUCGAUGGUGCUCUUUAACGUCCAGCACAUGCUCGCUCCCGGCAGCUACAUCUACCCGUUCCAGUACCAACUCCCGCCUGGUCUUCCCGGCUGCUUCGACAACCAAGGAGGCAGUGGCGUCAAAGCCAAGAUCGAGUACUCGAUCAAAGGAUCGGUCGACGUGGCCGGCAUCUUCAGCAGGGACCUCAAGAGUCGCCAGAAGCUCACCGUGUACGCUCAGCUGGCUGGUGUCGUCGCCCCGAGUUCCGACCGCAAGGUCCAAACCGUGCGUCUGUUUUGCUGCGUCGCGCAAGGCCAGUGUUCGAUGCGCGCUGUCAUGGACAAAAACAUGUACGGCCCUGGCGAAGUCCCCCAGAUCCACGUGGACGUACAGAAUCAAUCGUCCCGCGACGUCCGCGUCAUGCGGUGCGAACUCCGCCGCCAUGUCGUCGCGCAUGCAUCGGGCUCGACACGCCGAAUGACCACGACCAUUUGCCACGCCGACUUUCCAGGGGUGCCAGCCGGUCAAUCGGUAUCGCAGCCCCAAUCGUUUCAACUCGUCGGGACCGCCAUGUACCCGUCCACGCGGUCCGCGCUCGUCUCGUGCAACUACACGAUCGACAUCGUGUGCGACAUCGCCCUUUGCCCCGACGUCGAGCUGCACUUGCCCAUUGCACUGGGGGCGCCGACGCUUGUCCCCGUCGUGGCGGCCCCACCACCAGGAGCCUACCAACUGCCUCCGCCUGGUGCGACCCCGCAGCAGCCCCCCUCUGGGGCGUACAUGUCCCCGCAGCCCACCCAGGCGCCAUUUGAUCCAUCGAAGUCGGACGUGUAACUCGACCAUAGCACUGGAGCCAUCCUCAUGGAAAUCGCACGUACUCCUUCAUUCGAUCCAUCGCACGUGGGACACGAUUGUGGUUCGGGCCGCUUUGAGAACGGCGGCUCGGCGCACAUCCUUUUCGAUUCCUUCUU